CGCCCUCCCGGAAGCGGGGUGCCCGGGGCGCGGUUGCCAUGGAGAGCGGCCUGCCCCUGCCCGCCUGGCUGUGCCUGGGCUGGGCCCUGCGCCUGGCGGCGGGGGGCGCCCCCCCCAACUUGCUCCUGCUGCUCAUGGAUGACAUGGGCUGGGGCGAUUUGGGAGCAUUUGGAGAGCCUUCUAAAGAAACCCCUAAUUUAGACCAGAUGGCUGCAGAAGGGAUGCUCUUCCCAAAUUUCUACACUGCUAACCCUCUGUGCUCCCCAUCAAGGGCAGCUCUGUUGACUGGCCGCCUCCCUAUCAGGAAUGGCUUCUACACCACAAACGCACAUGCUAGAAAUGCCUACACACCACAGGAAAUAGUAGGGGGAAUCCCAGAUUCUGAGCUACUGCUUCCAGAGCUGCUGAAGAAAGCAGGAUAUGUCAAUAAGAUCAUUGGCAAAUGGCAUCUGGGUCACAGACCCCAAUUCCACCCUCUGAAGCAUGGGUUUGAUGAGUGGUUUGGGUCCCCGAACUGCCAUUUUGGACCGUACAAUAACAAGGACUUCCCAAACCUCCCUGUGUAUAGGGACCAGGAAAUGAUUGGCAGAUAUUACGAAGAUUUCAGAAUUGAUCUGAAGACAGGGGAGGCAAACUUAACUCAGAUCUACUUAAAGGAAGCUCUUGAUUUUAUUAACAGGCAGCAAGCCAGUCAACAGCCUUUCUUUCUGUACUGGGCAAUUGAUGCCACUCAUGCGCCUGUGUAUGCCUCCAAAGAUUUCUUGGGCACUAGCCAGAGAGGGCUGUAUGGAGAUGCUGUGCGAGAAAUUGAUGACAGCAUUGGAAAAAUCCUAAAACACCUUCAGAAGCUGGGCAUCAGCAAGAACACGUUUGUGUUUUUCACAUCUGAUAAUGGGGCUGCCCUCAUUUCAGCUCCUAAACAGGGGGGUAGCAAUGGGCCUUUUCUAUGCGGAAAACAGACAACGUUUGAAGGUGGCAUGAGAGAGCCAGCUAUUGCAUGGUGGCCUGGCCGUAUACCUGCAGGACAGGUGAGUCAUCAGCUGGGCAGCGUGAUGGAUCUCUUCACCACCAGCCUCUCGCUGGCAGGAUUGCAGCUUCCCGAUGACAGACAGAUUGACGGCGUUGACCUUCUACCUGCUGUCCUGCAGGGCAAGCUAAUUGACAGGCCGAUAUUCUAUUACCGUGGCAACGAGAUGAUGGCAGUAAGAGUUGGGCUUUACAAGGCUCACUACUGGACUUGGAGCAACUCCUGGGAGGAGUACAGUAAGGGCAUCGAUUUUUGUCCUGGACAGAACAUCUCAGGAGUGACCACGCAUACUCAAGAGGAACACACCCUUCUGCCACUGCUUUUCCAUUUGGGCAGGGACCCUGGGGAGAAGUAUCCAAUACGGUUUGCCAGCCCUGAGUACGAAGCAGUUAUAAAACGAAUAUCCCCCAUCGUUGACCAGCACAAGGCGACCUUGGUGCCAGGAGAACCACAGCUGAACAUAUGCGACAGGGCCGUCAUGAACUGGGCUCCUCCAGGCUGCGAGAAGCUGGGAAAGUGCUUGGAGCCUCCCACAUCCAACCCUACCAAGUGCUUCUGGCUGCACUGAUAUUUGCUCCGGGGCAGCAGAUCGGGUCAAGAAGUGAAACGAACUGAGGUCACGGUUCAUGGCGCCUGUCUUCCCGUAUUGACACUCGUGUGUUUGUGCCUCGGAAAGGAGCGAUGUCAGAUACCAUCGUUUGCUCUUCCAAAAGGAUCAGUGUUACAGCCUCACUUCUCAGGGCAAUAGCAGUUCUCUUCUGUUGUUUGAUUAGGCCUCCCUCUCAGUAGAUGAAAUGACACGUUGCUGCAACCCAUAGCAUGUUUGCGGUAAUGGGUUUGUUUUAAAUGAUACAAGAGACAGUUCCUGCCCGAUUGCAGUUCUCCCCUUACCUCAGAGAUAAAGCAGACGGUCUCUUGUCUUGCUGCUUUCUCUCCCUGUUCUCUUGAGUAACUCUUCAUAGAGAUGCCCUGAAGUGCAAAGCCUCAGAGGAGGAGCACAUAGAUAAAAGGUGUCAAUUUUGCUUUGAUUUUGACUGGCCUGUGCCAGUGCUUCUGCUGGGACUUAAAGCUGGAGGUUCCUGACUAGAGAGUCUUGUCCCUCUGCUCAGGUUCAGACCGACACCAUAUUUGGGGUCAGGAAGGCAUUUUACCCCCUGGUCAGAUUGGUAUGGACUGGGAGGGGUGGUUUUCCUUCCUUUGUAGCAGGGACACAGUCUCUACCUGGGAUCUCUUGACCACCUUUUACAGAAGCAGGACAUUGGCAGCUGUGGUCCCCCUGCUUUCCCUGUGACAGGUUCGGAUGUGUUGUCAGGAUUGACAUUAGUGUUACUAAGAGGUUGGACAGUGGAUUUGUCUGCAUGAUUUGGACAGGGCUGAUCCUGCUUCAGGCAGGGGUUGGACUAGAUGUGACCUCUGGAGCUCCCUUCCAGCCCUGCCUCUCUGUGAUUUUAUGUCUGAUUUGUUUUCUUGUGACCAACUUGCUUUUCAGCUUUUUCCCUGAAAUUGUAAGUGCUUUGGGACAGGUCUCAUCUCCUGUUUAACAGCCCUGCAGCCUCAGCAGGGUUCUCCUGUGCUACCCCAGAGCAACUAACAGCAGCAGACUUCAACUCCCUGCAGUAUCCUAAUGUGAAAGAGCAGUCGCCAAUCAGGAGAAAAUGCAGUAUUUUCCAAGUACGCAUUUGAACGCGGGGCUGGUGUGAACAUUAAUUAAGCAGUAUUGGCAAAGCACUUAGAUGAAAAGCGCUAGCUAAGUGCUAAAUUCCCUUGCAGCAUUACAGGACAUUCUCUGGAGCAGCACGCAGCACACCUCCCUUCACGGCUGCUUCAUUUAUCCUUUCAUCUCGGGGAAUCUGGGUUCAAACGUGGGUGAGGUGAUGCUUCCAGCCUCCUAAUGUGAGGUCACUUCUUGGCAGGCGGGAAUGUGAGGUCGCUUCUCAGCAAGUAUGGCGCAGCCAGCCAGAGGUUUGGAAAUGCCUGUUCAGUCUCAACACCCUUCCCAGUUUCUGCCCUGUGAGGAGUUCUUGGCCCUGCGCAAACUUUUCUAAGCGCUGCGUUCUGCAGCCUGGGCGCCGCGUUCCUGUCGGCUGAGUUCACAGCGCAUGUGGGUCCCUAGCAGAAUUGCGCAUUGCAAGCUGUGCUCUCACACGCUCUGCCAGUAUUAGCAUCUUUCCACUGCACAGAGAAAACCCAACACGCUCCUUGGAGGAUGGCAGGAGACGCCAGUAGUCCAGGCUGCCGAGGGAUGCCUCUUCUGCCAUUCCAGAGCAUCGGGUAUUGUUCAUGCUUCUCUGGGUUUGGAGCUGUGCUGGUGCAGAGAGGGAAUGUCAAGGUACUCUUCACAUUCCUACUUGAUUUGUUGGACUUCCCCAAGAGGCGGGUAGCUCCAAGGGGGUUUGAGGCAACCGUCUUUGGAGUAAGUCGUGUAACGCUCCCUGCUCCCCUGCUUCUAAGUCUCUUGCCCACACAAAAUCUCCUCCCCCUCCGCCCCUUCUGUUCCUCAAAGUACCUGCCUCCUGUGAGCCCCUCCAUCAUAUCCUGUAGCACAUGCUAGAUGAUAUCCUCUAGCAUGUGCUAGAGGCUGGAUUAUCCCAUGAGCAUGAGGCUGUCAAGAGUUGGCUCUUAACGCUCCGCGUAUCAGGACUUCCAACCUCUAUCCGGUCUCUGCGACGGCCUGAUCCGCUGCGCUGUCAGUGGCGACUGCUCUGCUGUUGCACAUCUUCAUUAACUUGGUGCUCGCUGUUGUCCCUCGAGUAUUUAAAAGCAUCUCUGAUCAGGACCUAACAUGGAUUGCAUUACAGGCGGAUGGUGUGAGUCUCGAAUGCCUCACAUAAUGUAUUGGAUGACAGGGGAGGGUGGAUCUGGUGAGAGGAAUCAUCAAAGAAAGCCCUCCCAUUCCCAAUCUCUGCUCCCUCCCACCUUUAGAAGCUGCCACCUGGAAAGGCUCAUCACCCUGGAAUCCACUGUUACCAACACCACGUCCAGCCCCCUGCGUCUGCAGUCACUGGUAGAUGGACUCCCUGUUGAUCCAAAGUUGUUCUGAAUGCACUGGAAGCAGUAGCAGCACGGCUUCUCAGGGCCCUGUGCAAAGAGAGGUCACCCAUGCCUUUUGAGCAGAAACUCAGACACGCUUCCUAAAUUAUCAGGCGUUCAGAGCAUUUAGGUUGUGUUCACACAGGUCUGGGCACUUGUUACUCCAAGGGUUUCUUAUCCUCUGCCCUGUUUAACUCUUCCCCAGCUUACAACCAGUUUUGAAGAUACUGCCCUUCACUCCGCUAUCACCUGCCGAUACAAGUCUCAGCUUGUCGGUUCUCAGUGGGCACAUCUACACGGGACUUGAACUGCCUAAUGACCUAAUAACACUGCGCAGUAGUGUGCUGGGCAGAAACUGUGCUAAUAUGUUACUGCGCAGUAGUAUUAGGCUAUUGCACAGUUAGUGUCACUAAAAAACUAUGCACCGGUGCUACUGUGCAGUAGCAGAAGUUACCGCACAUUGAUUUAGUACUCGGUUAUCCAGGUACCAAACUUAAUGCGCAGUAAUUAUGGCGCAUUAACGAACGUAGACACACCCAGUGUUCAGUUCUCUAGAACAUAGGUGCUCACCCCGCUCUGCCAAACCAGCUGCUUGAGAUGAAGUGCUGUUCCUAACCACCACGACCAAAACCAAAGGCCUGGCCAGACCCCUGAGCCACCGUUUCCCAUGCGCUCUACCGGGUAGAGGUCACCAGCCUCAAUUCAUACAUCAGCUGUGGCAUGGAGCACAGCCAUUUCCCUGACUCUCUUUCUCCAAGUAUCUCAGUGAUGCUUCUGUUGUGGUGUUUGUUCUGGGGUGGGAGCGCUAAUUAAGAGACUUGGCAAAUAAAAGCAAAUUAAACUGA